AGUGAGCUAGCAGCAGCGGCUAACCACCACCACAUCUGACCCUGAUGAACCAGACAUCCGGGCUGCGUGUAUGGAAGAUGGCUACACUCAUCCUCCCUGGUGAAUGGAUCAAAAAUUGGGAAAAAUCAGGAAAACACGAGUUUGUACAACUCUGCAAAGAUCUUACAGAGAAAACAGAUCAUGGAAGUGAAGUUAGAGAUGUGCAGGCUGCCUUGUACGAGCUCUGCUCGCAAGUUGUACAGGGGAACCUGAAGUUGGAUCUUGUUGCCAGCGUCCUUGGGGACAUGAUGGAACUCCGAGAUGAUAUGCCAUCAAUUUUAGCAGAUGUGUUCAGUAUACUAGAUUUAGAGACCAGUGCACUGGAAGAAAAAAACAAACGUGAUCAUUACACACAGUUGGUGGGAGCAUGUUUGUUUUUUGUACCAGAGGCCAUCCUGAAAGAGAGGUUGGAUCCGGAAACCCUAGAAUCCCUCGGACUUAUAAAACAAGCUCAUCAGUUUAAUCAGAAGAUUGUAAAAAUCAAGACUAAACUAUUUUACAAGCAACAGAAGUUUAACUUGCUAAGAGAGGAAAAUGAGGGCUAUGCCAAACUAAUCACAGAGCUUGGCCAGGACCUGUCAGGCAACAUCACCAGCCACCUUGUCCUGGAGAACAUCAAGUCCCUCAUAGGAUGCUUCAACUUAGACCCUAAUCGUGUUUUGGACAUAAUCUUGGAGGUAUACGAGAGUCGAUCUGACCAAGAUGAGUUCUUCCUGUCCCUCAUCAAGUCCUACAUGUGUGAGCCGCUCACCCUUUGCCACAUUCUGGGCUUUAAGUUCAAAUUCUAUCAGGAGCCCAAUGAGGAAACCCCCAAGUCACUUUACCACAUUGCUGCUGCUCUGCUUCACCACAACCUGAUAGAGCUGGAAGAUCUGUAUGUACAUCUUAUGCCACAAGAUGUCACCAUCGUAGAGGAACACAAACGAGAUAUUUCAGAGGCCAAGCAGAUUGCUCGGAAGCUGGUUAUGGUUGUGUUGCCCUCAGAAAAGAAUGAAGACAAAGAAAAGGACAAAGAGAAGGAAGAAGAGAAGAACGAGAAGCCACCUGAUAACCAGAAGCUCGGUCUGUUGGAGGCGCUGCUUAGGAUUGGAGAUUGGCACCAUGCCCAGAGCAUUAUGGACCAGAUGCCUUCCUUCUACGCUACUUCUCACAAGGCCAUUGCACUGGCGCUUUGCCAGCUUGUACACCUGACUAUUGAGCCUCUUUAUAGAAGAGCCGGUGUUCCAAAAGGGGCAAGGGGAUGUGUUAUGCAGCCACUGAGGAACAAAGGGGCCCUUUGCCCAGCUGAGAGUUUUGAGGACCUCCGCAGGAACAUAUUCAGCAUGCUCUGUUACCUGGGCCCCCACCUUUCACAUGAUCCUAUCCUCUUUGCCAAGAUUGUGCGCUUGGGCAAGGGCUUCAUGAAAGAGUACCAAAGUGAUGGUGGACCUGAGGUCAAAGACAAGAUGGAAACAUUGUUAAGUUGUUUCCUGAGCAUUGCAGACCAGGUGCUGCUCCCUUCGCUUUCUCUUAUGGAGUGUAAUGCUUGCAUGUCUGAGGAGCUGUGGGGUCUCUUCAAGCUCUUUCCCUACCGUCACAGGUACCGGUUAUAUGGGCAAUGGAAGAAUGAGACAUACUCCAGCCAUCCGUUGUUGGUUAAAGUCAAAGCUCAGACUGUGGAAAGGGCCAAAUACAUUAUGAAGCGACUGACCAAAGAGAAUGUGAAACAAUCUGGAAGGCAGAUUGGCAAGCUGAGCCAUAGCAAUCCCACCAUCCUCUUUGAUUAUAUGCUGUCUCAGAUCCAGUGGUACGACAACCUCAUUGUUCCAGUGGUGGACUCUUUGAAAUACCUCACAUCCCUCAACUAUGAUGUCUUGGCCUAUUGCAUCAUUGAGGCUCUGGCAAAUCCAGAGAAAGAGAAGAUGAAGCAUGACGACACCACCAUCUCCUCGUGGCUUCAGAGCCUGGCAAGUCUGUGUGGAGCUGUGUUUAGGAAAUAUCCGAUUGAGCUGGCUGGCCUUCUUCAGUACGUCACCAACCAACUAAAAGCAGGGAAGAGUUUUGACCUGCUGAUCCUGAAAGAGGUGGUGCAGAAAAUGGCUGGCAUUGAGAUCACAGAUGAGAUGACCUCAGAACAAUUAGAAGCCAUGACAGGAGGGGAGCAACUCAAAGCUGAGGGUGGCUACUUUGGCCAGAUUAGGAACACUAAAAAGUCUUCACAGCGUCUGAAGGAUGCUCUGCUGGACCAUGAGCUAGCCCUGCCACUGUGUCUCCUCAUGGCACAGCAACGGAAUGGUGUGGUUUUCUUGGAGGGAGGAGAGAAUCAUCUUAAACUUGUUGGCCACCUCUACGACCAGUGUCAUGACACGUUAGUGCAGUUUGGUGGUUUUCUAGCAUCCAAUCUCAGCACAGAAGACUACAUCAAGCGAGUGCCCUCCAUUGACAUCCUUUGUAACCAGUUUCACACUCCACAUGAUGCUGCUUUCUUCCUGUCGCGACCAAUGUAUGCGCAUCAGAUUCUGUCAAAGUAUGACGAGCUGAAGAAGACAGAAAAAGGAAACCGGCAACAGCAGAAGGUGCACAAGUACGUGGCAGCCUGUGAGCAGGUGAUGACACCAGUGCACGAAGCUGUGGUGUCUCUCCAUCCAGCCAGGGUGUGGGAUGAUCUCCGGCCUCAGUUCUACGCCACCUUCUGGUCUCUGACCAUGUAUGACUUGGCCGUGCCGCAUGCUGCUUACGAUCGUGAGGUCAACAAGCUCAAGGUCCAGAUCAAGGCCAUUGAGGAUAACCCUGAGAUACCCUUGAAUAAGAAAAAGAAGGAGAAGGAACGCUGCACGGCCCUACAGGAGAAGCUGCAGGAGGAGGAAAAGAAACAGCUAGAGCACGUCCAAAGAGUUUUACACCGCCUCAAACUGGAGAAAGACAACUGGUUAUUAGCCAAAUCCACAAAAAACGAGACAAUAACAAAGUUCCUGCAGCUCUGUCUGUUCCCCCGCUGCAUCUUCUCCUCCAUCGAUGCUGUGUACUGUGCCCGCUUUGUCGAGCUCGUCCACCAGCAGAAGACGCCCAACUUCUGCACCCUGCUGUGCUACGAUAGGGUUUUCUCUGCCAUCAUUUACACUGUGGCCAGCUGUACGGAGAAUGAGUCUCACCGCUACGGACGCUUCCUCUGCUGCAUGUUGGAGACGGUGACCCGCUGGCACAGCGACCGUGCAACCUAUGAGAAGGAGUGUGUCAAUUAUCCCGGCUUCCUGACCAUCUUCAGAGCCACAGGCUUCGAUGGAGGGAACAAAGCAGAUCAACUAGAUUAUGAAAACUUCAGGCAUGUGGUGCAUAAAUGGCACUACAUGCUGACUAAAGCUUCAGUUCACUGCCUGGAAACCGGAGAUUAUACCCACAUCCGGAACAUUUUGAUUGUGCUCACCAAGAUCCUGCCCUGCUACCCCAAGGUCCUGAACCUGGGUCAAGCGCUGGAGUGCCGUGUCCACAAGAUCUGCCUCGAGGAGAAGGAUAAGAGGCCAGACCUCUAUGCCUUAGCAAUGGGUUAUUCAGGUCGCUUGAAAAGCCAGAAGGUGCAUAUGGUCCCUGAGAAUGAGUUUCAUCACAAGGAGCAGCCAGCACGCAGUGCCACGCCAGCAAGUCAGCAGAACGGCCCCGGUAGCACAGGCAAGCCUGCCACCAGCACCAGCAAGACUGAGGAGGGGACGACAGAGGAUGGAGAUCGGGUGAAGGAUAAAUCUCAGGGGACCACAAAACCAGUGAACAAAGCCAACAGUGCAGCAGCCAAAGUGACCACCAGCAACGGGAAUGGUGCUCUCAACAGCACCAAAGCUGUUAAAGAGCGGGACGACAAAGAGAAGAGCGGGAAGGAGAAAAAAGAGAAAAAGGAAAAGACACCGGGCAGCACUCCAGAGACAAAGGCAGAGAAUCGUCGGGAGAAGCAGAGAGACGAGAGAGCAGGGAAGGAGGAGCGGGUGGCACGCGAGGGUAAGGAGAAGACCCCCAAGGCAGACAGGGAGAAAGCGAAGCCAGAGGAGAAGAGCAGCAAAGACGAGAAGGCCAAAGCCGGAAAUGGAGAGCCUGUGGAAGCGUCCAGAGAGCGCGACGCCAUCAAGGAGUCCAAGAGCAAGGAGAAAGGCGACAGGAAUGCUGUAGCCGGGUCCCUCAAGUCACCAGUUCCCAGAUCUGAGUCAGCUGAAUCUGAGAGGGAUCACAAAAGACGAAAGCUCGACUGUCAUUCUUCCCCGUCCCACUCCUCGUCUGUUAAGGACAAUAGCAUCGAACCCAAGGAGCCCACAUCCAAGCACCACAUCAGCUACAAUUCAGUUGCCCGGUCCAAGAGCAGAGAGAGGGAGCUGGAGAAGAAAGAUUCAGAGAACACACAAGGCCGAUCCAAAGAGAAGAAGGAAGAGAAAGAUCGGAAAGACAGGAAAAGAGAUCACACCGUAAAUGACCGCGAGACGAGCCAAGAAUCCAAACGCAGAAAGGAUGAGAAUGGAACCAAUAACUCCAAAAACAGCAAGAGCACAAGUCCUUCCUGUGACUCCCCGCUGUCGGCUGAAAAGGAGAAGAGCAAGAGAUCCAAAUCCUCCAGUAAAGAGAAGGCAGAGUCUGUCAAACCCGAGCGAACCUCCUCUGGAGGCAAAAAGGAGUCCAGACAUGAUAAAGAGAAGUCUGAAAAGAAAGAAAAAAGGGACAGCAGUGGAGGGAAGGAAGAGAAAAAGCAUCAUAAAUCCUCUGACAAGCACAGAUAAUGUGUACUAAUCAGUGAAGAAUUGGAGAGGCUGUGCUUUUAUCUGCGAGACAUCUGCAGCUCAACCUGUACUAUGUUGCUGACGUACUCUUAUUUCUGCCUGGUUUUGUUUUAUCGUAAGCUCCCAUCUCAAGUGUCUUUAGCUGUAGUUAUCUGACAGAGCAAUGUGUAUUUUCCCUUCUUUUAUUUUGUUUCUCUUUUCAUUAUUUGAAAUGGGCACAACAUGCUGCCAUAAUCACAGUGUUAUUAUUCUUCUGACUAGAAAUGUGGUUAUUGUAUGAAAUGAUCUUUUGGUAGCUUCUGGACAUUCAGUAAUCUCAUCAUUGAAAAUGUGUACUUUUUUGUAUGUUGCUAUUUGCUUGUUUUAUUGGAGUUAGCCUGCUUUCCGUUCUCACUUACCUCAUAUCCUCAUGAGAUACUUUUUAAUCCGAGUAAGACAGUAGGUGUAAGUGAGAAAAAUUAUAAAAAAGGACCAGUUUGUAUAUUGUGUACAAUAAUAAAGGAGGUAACAUUAAAAUUCACAUCAUGUUCUUUUUUGUUUUGUUUUUGAUGACCCACACAGUUCUUUUUUGCUUUUUGUGUUAAUCAGGUUUUUACAUAAUUUAUAAAAUUGUCCAUUUGACCUUGAUUCAGAUGUAGAAUUGUAAAGAAAACUCACACACCCAAAAGCUAUUCUGACGCUCUGUAUUCAAAAUACAACUGUUUCGAAAAUGACUUUUGAAGAUUUUAUCUGCUGUACUCAAUGAGUGUAAGCUUUUUUUAAAAAAAGAAAAAAAAGCAAGAAACAAAACCCAAUAAACAAUAGUUUUCCUAGUGUGUCACUUUGA